AUGUUAUACGAGAAACGGAGGAAACUUCUGGUGCUUUUGAAGCUGGAAUCAGCAGAAUCGGCAAGCAAGGUCACAAGUUUCGUAAAUUCCCAAAAUGAUACAAUUAACAAUGGCGCACUAAUCUUGACCAGAAGAGAAAAGCAUUCAAGCACCUUAAAUCAACCGAAAGAAGCCUUUGUCAGUGAAAUCAAGGAUUAUCAUGGAAGCCAAAACCUUCAAUAUGUUAAUUUGGGAGCUGAAAAAUUUUAUAAUUCAUUGAAAACAAAACCGCAAAGUUCACCAAAACGCAGGAAACAUUUGGUGUCAAUCCCUGAGAAAACGCAGACUGCGAAAUGCCAGAAGAGCAUUUUGGCCCGAAAUGCCAGAAGAGCAUUGAAGAAAUCUAAGAUUAAGAAUCUGCCAACACUGGAAACAGGUUUUCCCAUGCUUCCUUAA